AUGGGCCUCUCACACUCUGCACGCCUGCCCAUGACGAAGCUCGGCCUGUGGUGGCUCCUUCUGAUCCCAGCAGCAUCGGUGCAGCGAGCCCCGCCUACCCACGCCGAGGACCGCCUCUUCAAACACCUCUUUAGGGGCUACAACCGCUGGGCGCGACCGGUGCCAAACACCUCCGACGUGGUGAUCGUGCGCUUCGGGCUGUCCAUCGCCCAGCUCAUCGAUGUGGAUGAGAAGAACCAAAUGAUGACCACCAACGUCUGGCUAAAGCAGGAGUGGAGCGACUACAAGCUGCGCUGGAACCCGGCCGAUUUUGGCAACAUCACCUCCCUCCGGGUGCCUUCGGAGAUGAUCUGGAUUCCCGACAUCGUCCUUUAUAACAAUGCAGAUGGAGAGUUUGCGGUGACCCACAUGACGAAGGCUCACCUCUUCUCCACCGGCACUGUGCACUGGGUGCCCCCGGCCAUCUACAAGAGCUCCUGCAGCAUCGACGUCACCUUCUUCCCCUUCGACCAGCAGAACUGCAAGAUGAAGUUCGGCUCCUGGACGUAUGACAAGGCCAAGAUCGACCUGGAGCAGAUGGAGCAGACGGUGGACCUGAAGGACUACUGGGAGAGUGGCGAGUGGGCUAUCAUCAACGCCACAGGCACCUACAACAGCAAGAAGUAUGACUGCUGCGCUGAGAUCUACCCCGAUGUCACCUACUACUUUGUCAUCCGGCGCCUGCCCCUCUUCUACACCAUCAACCUCAUCAUCCCCUGCCUGCUCAUCUCCUGCCUCACCGUGCUCGUCUUCUACCUGCCCUCCGACUGCGGCGAGAAGAUCACCCUGUGCAUCUCGGUGCUGCUCUCGCUCACCGUCUUCCUGCUGCUCAUCACCGAGAUCAUCCCCUCCACUUCUCUGGUCAUCCCGCUCAUUGGGGAAUACCUGCUCUUCACCAUGAUCUUUGUCACCCUCUCCAUCAUCAUCACGGUCUUUGUCCUCAAUGUCCACCACCGCUCCCCCAGCACCCAUAAUAUGCCCCACUGGGUGCGAGUGGCCUUUCUGGGCUGUGUGCCUCGGUGGCUUCUGAUGAACCGGCCCCCGCCACCCUUGGAGCUCCAUGACCCCCUAGAUCUGAAGCUCAGCCCCUCCUAUCACUGGCUGGAGACCAUGAGCAUGGAUGCGGAGGAGAGGGAAGAAGAAGAGGAAGACAGAUGGGUGUGUGCGGGUCAUUCAUCCCCCUCCCUGGGUGUCCUCUACAGCCAUGGUGGUCUGCACCAAGGGGCCUCAGGCCGUAAAGUGGAGACCCAGUUGCAGGACGAUGGGCUUCUGCUGUCGCCUCGCAUACAGAAGGCACUGGAAGGAGUGCACUAUAUUGCUGAUCACCUGCGGUCAGAGGAUGCUGACUCUUCGGUGAAGGAGGACUGGAAGUAUGUGGCCAUGGUCAUCGAUAGGAUAUUCCUCUGGUUGUUUAUCAUCGUCUGCUUCCUGGGGACCGUUGGACUCUUUCUUCCUCCGUUCCUGGCUGGAAUGAUCUGAUUUCACGUCUUUGCUUUGGCCCAAAGGUGGCACUGCUCACUGUCGUUAACUGCUGCUGCCUCUCGAGUAUGCCUUUGGGGUCAACUCCAUCUGACUGCGGGUGUCCCUCCGUGGAGUCCCCACACGAACCCAAUCAUCCAAGACUUCCUGGAACAAUUCACUUGACAUGAUUGUACCCUGUGCUGAGAAUCUGCUGGGCACAGAGCUCUGUUUUGGACACUGAGGAGCUAGGAAAAGAAGGAACUUGCU